AUGUGGAACCGAACAGUCGUGGUCGCGAGCAUCAUUUUUUUCUGGAGAUCUGCGCCGAUUAUUCUCCUUGGCCACCAAGAAAAGAUCAGUGUCUCCAACUACUGGCUGGUGCUGCUGACUGUUCUGUCAGCUUUGGAAGCCCCAACAGGCAGCUCGCGCUCAAAUUAUCUGGGUACUUUUUCUCCCUACUAUCUUCAUACCAAACAGUGCCUACACCUUCACGAGGUGGUUCCUGCAGAUCUUCGUACUCACCCCUUUGACUCUUGCGAUUUCGGCUUUGGGGCCAUGCUUCGUGCGCCUGAUCUUCUUUGCGAGUGUUACAAAGUGCCUUCAGAAGAUCGACAAAAAGCGGAGACCGAGUUCUGGCCCUGA